UUUUUUUUCUUUCCCUUUUUUUUUCAAUCUUUUUUGUUCCUUUAUAACACAUCAUGUCUGUCGUGGGUAUUGAUUUGGGUAACCUUCAAUCUGUCAUUUCUGUGGCUAGAAACCGUGGUAUCGAUGUUAUUUGCAACGAAGUAUCCAACCGUGCUACUCCUUCUCUUGUAUCUUUCGGUUACAAACAACGUUAUCUCGGUGAAGCUGCCAAGACUCAAGAAAUCAGUAAUUAUAAGAAUACUGUCGGUAGUUUGAAGCGUCUUGCUGGUCGUACUCUUUCUGACCCUGAUCUUCAAGAGUUCGAAAAGAAGUUCAUUGCUGCUGAACUUGUGGAUGUUGAUGGUCAAGUUGGUGUUAAGGUCAACUACCUCGGUGAACCUCAAACUUUCUCCAAUAUUCAAGUGAUUGCCAUGUACUUGUCCAAGCUCAAGGAUAUUACUGCCCAAGAAAUCACUUCUCCUGUCUCUGACUGUGUGAUUACCGUUCCCGGUUGGUUCACUGAAGCUCAACGUCGUGCUAUUAUUACUGCUGCUGAAAUUGCUGGAUUGAACUGCUUGCGUUUGGUGAAUGAUUUGACUGCUGCUGCUCUUGGUUAUGGUAUCACUAAGACUGAUUUGCCUGAAGAAAAGCCCCGUAACGUUGCCUUUGUGGAUGUUGGUCAUUCUAGUUACUCCGUGUCUGUAGUGUCUUUUGUAAAAGGUCAAUUAACUGUCCGUGGUUCUGCCUAUGAUCAACACUUUGGUGGUCGCAACUUUGAUAACGUCAUUGUGGAACAUCUCGCUGCUGAAUUCAAGGAAAAGUUCAAGAUUGAUGUUUACACCAACCAAAAGGCUUUGAUUCGUCUCAUGGUUGCUGCUGAAAGAUGCAAGAAGGUUCUCUCUGCUAAUCCCUUGGCGCCUGUCAACAUUGAAUCUAUUAUGGAUGAUCGUGAUGUUCACACUAUUGUCAACCGUUCCGAUUUUGAAGAAUGGGCUUCUCACUUAUUCACUCGUACUGAAGAUACUUUGCGCAAGGCUAUGGAACGUGCUGGUAUGUCUAUUGAAGAAAUUGAUGCUGUGGAAAUGGUUGGUGGUUCUACUCGUAUUCCUGCUAUCAAGACCACUAUCUCCAACUUCUUUGGUAAGCCCAUCUCUACCACUUUGAAUCAAGAUGAAGCUGUUUCUCGUGGUGCUGCUCUUCAAUGUGCCAUGUUAUCUCCUGUAUUCAAGGUUCGUGAUUUCCGUGUGUGCGAUAUCUGCAGUUAUCCCAUCAAACUUGAAUGGACCAAGUCUCCCGAAGAUGAUGAUACUGAAAUCGUGGUAUUUGACAGCAACAACAGUAUCCCUUCUACCAAGAUGUUGACUUUCCACCGAAGCGAACCUUUCACUUUGGAAGCCAAGUAUGCUGAACCUGAAGCUUUACCUCGUGGUAUCAACCCCUGGUUGGGUCAAUUCACCAUCAAGGAUGUCAAACCUGUCAACGGCGAACCUGCUCAAAUCAAGGUCAAGGUCAGACUUAAUAUUCAUGGUAUCUUAUCUGUUGAAAGCGCUCACACUGUGGAAGAAAAGGUUGUGGAAGAAGAAGUGACCAACAAGGAAGGUGAAAAGGAAAUCAAAAAGACCAAGAAGCUUGUCAAGACUGGUGAUCUUACUGUGGUUAGUGGCACUACCUCUUUGUCUCGUAAUCUUGCUGAUCAAUACGCUGAAAAGGAAAGCCAAAUGUAUGCCUCUGAUAAACUCAUCAUGGCCACUGAAGCUGCCAAGAACUCCCUUGAAGAAUACGGUUAUGAUAUGCGCGACAAGAUCACUGGUCCUUUGGCUGAAUACAUUGAACCUUCCAUUAAGGACAAGUUUGUUGAAGAUUUGAAUACUGUCGUUGACUGGAUUUAUGAUGAAGGUGAUGAUCAACCCAAAUCUGUGUAUGUUGAAAAAUUGGAAACCCUCAAGAACAUUGGUAACCCUGUGGUGGAACGUUAUCGUGAAGCUGAAGAACGACCUCGUGCUGCCAACUCUCUUCGUGAUGCCAUUCAACGUGUAACUCAAGAAGCCAUGAGUACUGAUGAUAAGUAUGCUCACAUUGCUCCUCAAGAAAAGCAAGAUAUUGUGGAUCGUUGUGAUCGUGCUCGUCGUUGGUUGGAUGAACAAUUGGCCAAACAAGAAAAGGUACCCAAGUGUGAAACUCCCAUCUUGUUUGCCCGUGAUAUCACCAAGGAAGAAGAUGCCGUUGUUGCCUUUGCUACUCCUAUUUUGAACAAGCCCAAGCCUAUUCCUAAGCCUGUUGAAGAAGAACCUACUGACUCUCCUAUGGCUGAUUCUGAAGAAAAGAAGGAAGAUGCUCAAGAAGAAAAGAAGGAUGAAAUGGAUAUUGAUUAGAUAGAUUUUUAUAUAUAAUAUAUAUAUAUAGUUUUUAUAUAGUUUUGUGCGUCUUUUUGUUAUAUAUAUAUAUAUAUUUACAAUGUGGUUUAUUAUUAUUUUAGUUGUUUUUUAGUAUUCUCCUCUCUUUCUUUUUUUUUUAUUUUUUUACACUCUUCAUCAAAUCACCAAAUUGUUAUCAUCUCUUUAUUAUUAUUAAACAUUUAUCAUCAUGUUGUUAUAUUU